ACAUAGGAGCGCUGUUUUGGUAAGUUGAAAACUAGCCAGAAAACUUAAGUUUAAUCGAAUAAUCUGAAAGUACAUAUAUCGUCUGUAUCGAUCGACGUCUGAUCCCUUGGUCGUCCUAUUCUACUGCGUUGAGGAUAUAUGUCUAUAAGGCCAUCUAUCGUGCGUUCUACAUGGUUCGAAGUAUCCAAAGUUUUGGAAUAGUGGCUAGCCGGCUCUCAAUAUUUAGAGCAUUUCUCUCAACCAACAGACGUUACGCUACAAUGUCUGAAACUUUGAACAAAGUGCCUGACGUGGAUAUCGAUGGUCAUGGAAGAUUCAAGUAUAUUUUAAUCAAUGUGCAAGAUGAAAAUACUAAAGCUACCAAACCCAUUGUCAGGGGCUAUGCCAAGUCACCGUAUCACGCGGACAUCUUCGAGGAGGCUUGCAAGCAGCUGGAACCGUACAGCUCGUUGAAGCCGAACUGCGUGGGCGGCGGAAGAAUCGAGCACGACCCGGACGCGAAGACCAUCAAAGUCUACGGGUAUUCCCAGGGCUUCGGCAAAGCGGACCAUCAGGUGUCCGUUGGAGUGCUGAAGAAGAAGUAUCUCGACUAUACUAUCACUUGUUCGGACGAGGGCUAUUAAGCGGAACGAGGGGAGACGAAGCGUCCCCGUUUCCUGUAAUGCUGUCGUUUUUUGCGCGCCGAGAGCAUUGUCAAGUGUAUGUUCUGAAUAAAACAAAGGCUUUGGAAUAA